CUCACAGUUAUUUGAUUCGGAACCCUAAUCGAGUCUGUCAAGUUUCGGAUCGACUAGUUUUUGGUUGGAGUCUGUUAGGGUUUGGGCCAAAUCUUCUCAUUGCUGAUCGAUCUCUGCCCUAAUUUUUCAGAAAUUUAACUCUUUGGUUCUGGGAAUGACAUUGAAGAUGACGAAGAAGUACGGAUUGCAACUCAUGAAAAGGCAAUCAUCAGUUCGACCUCCACUUCGUACUGCUCCAUUAUUUGGUCAAGAUGAAGACAACGAUGUGGAUAUGGAAAUUUCUCGACAAGCUUCAAAGACCAAGGGUCUUAAGAAAAUUCAGGAGCAGCAUAAGAAAGCCUUGGAGGAGGACCCUUGUGCUUUUGCUUACGAUGAAGUUUAUGAUCACUUGAAACAAGAAGCAUAUCUUCCACGAAUGCAUGAUUGUGAAGAGCGCAAGUCAAGAUAUGCCCAGCUAUUGAGGAAACAGGCUGACCGUAGACAGAAAGAACGUGAAAUAGUUUAUGAAAGAAAGCUUGCCAAAGAGAGGGCCAAAGACCAACAUCUUUUUCCAGAUCAAGUAAAGAUUGUUACUGGUGCCUAUAAAAGGAAACUAGAGGAACGAGAACAAUGGCUGUCACAAGAAAGAUUGCUUGAACUUCUAGAAGAAAAAGAUGAUGUUACAAAGAAGACAGACUUGAGUGAUUUCUACUUCAACAUUGGAAAAAAUGUGACAUUUGGAGCUCGAGAUAUCAAUGCUAGAGAGGCAAAGAGGUUCAAGGAACAAAAAAGACAAGAGGAGCUGGGUAAAGAAGAUACAAGGGAAGAGAAGAAAACAUAUUCACUACUGUUGCCUCAAUAUGUUUAGUUGAUACCAAAAAACAAGUUAUGUUUAGUUGAAUUUAGUAAACUUUAUUCUAAUCAUAUGUAAAUAUUAUGUUGAAUUUUACUUGAAUGAACUAUUAAUUUAAGU